CAUUAACUCCUUUACCACACACCAUGGAAGUUCAGAUUCAUGAUCAUUCAUUGACCCUCUUACGGAAGUUAAUCACGUUCACUUGUGAUGCUUGUGGCAAAGAAGGCAAGGACACGCCCUACUUAUGUCUCACAUGCGCAUUUUGUGUUCAUCCAAUAUGUGCUUCUUUACAUCGCACUGUCAAACAUGUACGUCACCAACACACUCUCAACCUCACUUAUUCUCUUCAUCAGAUCCAAUUUGACCACCAGAUUUGUCUACUUUGUGUUGAAAAGGUGGACACAAAAUAUGGGUUUUACUAUUGCUCGAGUUGCACUUUUGUUGCCCACCUCAGUUGCGCAGCUGAUGGUGAAAUCGAGGAUAACGUAAAUGUGCUGAAAGAUGAAGAUAAGGAGUCCAUUGAGCCAACAACUACUGAAUCUGUUGGACUCAUUAUCUUACACUUUAAAUGUACUACACUACCAAGUAGCGCAAAAUAUGAACAACAUGAGCAUUCUUUUACUCUCCAAUACACUCCUGAAAAUGACUCCGGAGAAAAUUAUUGUGAUAUUUGUGAAGAAGAACGACACUCAAAACAUUGGUAUUAUUACUGA